AUGUCCACACUAUCACCGUGCCAAGUUUGGUUCAGAUCGGUUAAUCCGUUGCAAAGAAGUGGCGGUAGUCACGGUAAUCAGUAUAUCAGAAAGAUUGAAACUUUCAGACAACAACAACAUCAACUGCAGCAGCAACAACAGCAACAACAAACAAUGUCUCAUGCAGAAAAUUGUGUAACAUCAAAAACAACUACUCCGAUGAAAAAAUCAAUUCAACAACAAUCCAUGCCCUUGCAUGAUGCACCAUCACAACAAACAACAUGUUCUAAACCAGUUGUUGAAACUCAAAUACCGACAGCCUCAGUUACUCAAACAUCUCCAGUAAAAGAUUUUGAGAAUAAACGAAUAAAACUUGAAGUUGAAAGUUCAAUUAGCAAGAAGUCAGAAGUAAAAUGGCCUGACAAACGAAAAAUUAAUAAGAAAGAACGAAAAAAGCGCUUGAAUGCUCGAAUGCGUCGUUUAGUAUCUCCCAAAAGUCCAUUAAUGGUAUUUUGUGAGUUGUUCAAGGAUGUACCAAUUCAAUUACAAGAGCACUCAAUAAAUAAUGUUACGGGUUACACUGCUACACUUGAGAUUGAUGGUCAGAUGUAUACUGCAAAUCACAUCUCUAAGACUAAGGCCAAACAAAAGGCAUGUGAAAAUUUCUUGCGCAUUAUGUUGUCUAAAAAAAUAAGUGAGGGAUCUGAAAAAAAAGAAGAAUCUCCCAUAGAAACAGAGACGGUAGAUGGAGAAAAUGGUACUGUACGGAAACCUAACGGACCCCCACAGGAAGAUUUCCCGUGGCCACAUUUCGCUUCAUUAGCUAUGCAUAACUUAAUACAUCAAUGGAAGCUACAGCCUGUUUCAAAAGCUAUUAAUUUACAAGAAGAAAAACCAAAUGCCAUAAAAUCACCACUAAAGGUAAAGGAUGGUGCUAGGAGAAAGUUUCCCGAAGACCCAAAAAAGUGCAAUCCAGUACAGUUAAUAAAUCAAAUGAAGCCCGGUGUCAAAUUUAUUGAAACUAUAAUUAGUUUAACACCAUCAGUUUUCCAAGUGAAAUGUGAAAUAGACAACAUUCCAUUCACUGGGCAAGGUUCGACUAAAAAGGCAGCUAAGAAGGAAUGUUGUAUUGCAGCAAUCAAAUACUUUUGGCAUUUUGAUUUCCAUGCCAUAGAAGAUGAUUUAGUCACUAAGAAAUGA